CGGGCGGGCGAGGUGAGCUGGGAGGGAGGGUGUGCCCAGGAGGUUGAACCAUUCAGCCUCCAGACGCCUGGAACAGAAGCUCACGCCCACCACUGCCGGUCGGGAGCCUGGAGCACGACGUCACACGAUCCGAUAGAGGCGGCGGGGCGCGGGAUGCACUUCUGGUGGGGCGCAGAAGCGGGCUCGGACGCGGGGCCCCUGAGGGCGCAGCGCCAGGCGGCGGCGGGCGCGGGGCUGCUGCAGGCUGCCAGCGGGGAGCGCCACGCGCUGCUACUGCUGACCAACCACACAGUGCACGCGUGCGGGGACAACAGCCGAGGCCAGCUGGGCCGGAGGGGCGUCCUCCACAGGGAGCGGCCAGAUACACUGGGAUCAAAAUGAUGUUGAUUUAGUUCCAAGUGGGACCUCUGUACUUGUGAAUGAAGCCAACAAUAUUUCUUACAGGGUGUGAUAGACUCCAUAUAAGAGGCAUCCAGAGUAGAGGAAUAGUAUUCUGCUGUCCUGAAACUUCCAGUGAAAAAGAUUACCCAAGAUCAUUAACAUGUCACAGUAUUCUGUAUCUGCCUAAAUAUUCCACAAUGGAAAGAAUGGAAGAAGCCCUUCACAUAGCCAUCAACAGCCACAGAGGCUUUGCAUCACCCGAGAUCCUACUACCAUGAUCACUUCCCAGGUUCUCAGGGAGGCCUCAGGUGCUCAGUCUCUCAGCCUUGGAUUCUCCUGUUUCUUCUUACAUCUAAUCCAUAUAAGAGGUUGACACUCUUUAGUUAUCCUUAUUUGGAUUUUCCCAUAAUAAAGUUGAGUCAGGAAUAA